AUGGCAGAACGUGGCGGAACUCGAGGUGGCUUCGGCACACGAGGCGGACGUACCGGUGAAGGUGGUCGUGGCCGUGCUGAAGGAGGUCGCGGCGAAGGUUUCCGUGGCGAAGGCGAAGGACGAGGCCGUGGUCGUGGUGAAGGUCGUGGUCGCGGUCGUGGCCGUGGACGUGGUCAACGCCCAAAAGAAGAAACUAAAGGAUGGGUCCCUGUUACCAAAUUAGGUCGAUUGGUCAACGAUGGUAAAAUUCGUUCGUUGGAAGAAAUUUAUCUAUUCUCAUUACCCAUCAAAGAAGCCGAUAUUAUUGAUCGUCUUUUACCUGGCCUUAAAGAUGAAGUUCUUAAAAUCAUGCCCGUACAGAAACAAACCCGUGCCGGUCAACGUACUCGCUUCAAGGCUAUUGUCGUAGUCGGUGACAGCAACGGCCAUAUUGGUCUUGGUGUUAAAUGCUCAAAAGAAGUAGCAACAGCCAUUCGUGGUGCUAUCAUUCUUGCCAAACUAUCUGUUAUUCCCGUAAGACGUGGCUAUUGGGGUAAUAAGAUCGGUGCACCACACACGGUACCAUGCAAAGUCACUGGUGAAUGCGGUAGUGUACUUGUACGUCUUAUUCCAGCUCCUCGUGGUACAAGUCUUGUCUGCGCUCCAGUACCAAAGAAACUCUUACAAAUGGCUGGCAUUCAAGAUUGUUGGACAGCUGCUAAAGGAUGUACCGCUACACUUGGCAAUUUCGCUAAAGCAACAUACGCAGCUAUGGCCAUGACUUAUUCAUAUUUAACACCUGAUCUUUGGAAAGAAACAGUGUACACAAAAACACCAUUUCAAGAAUAUAGUGAUCAUCUUGCUAAUACAACUAAGAAACUUACAGUUGGUGUUGGUAACAAAAACUACUAA